CUUCAAAAGUGGGGUGGCUCUUAUUUUGACAUUUCCAUUGAAUUGAAUUUUAUAUCUCAUCUUUGGCUAAAGUGUUUUUGCUUUCGAUUUCGUUUUCGAUGUAGAGCAAUAAAAUUAUUAAUCAAUUUUUAAAAAUUGUUUUUGUUUAGAUUUUGAUUAGUUUGGUUUCUCAAAAAAUCACAACCAAUCGGCCCAAGCAUUCCAAAGCACAAAAAUGGAUGAAAUUGAUAAAAUCAUCGUGCACUCAUUGCGACAAAUCGGAUGCGAAAUCGACGAAGAAAUUGUGAGUCUAUCGAGUUUCUCGCCGGAACUUAUCGUCCAAACGGUCUCCAAAUGUUUCCAACUUAUAAAUCCGUCUUUGGUUCUGCCCAGUACAUUGCCUGCGGCAAUGGCUCAGCGUUUUGCAGUCGCCACAACUCUGGCCGAAGCCUGUGUCCUGAUCGGGUUUCGUGGCGAUAUUGGCUAUCAGACGUUUCUCUAUUCGAAUAUUGUCGAGGUGAGGCGGCUCUUUAUGUUUUUGAUUGAAAUGCUUCCCAAGGAGAAUGAGAAUCUCCUCUUCGAGCAAUCGCUCGAGCUGACAACUGACAAGUUGACUGCUUUGGAGGAGAAGAUCAAGAAGAAUGUGCACUAUUCAAUGAACAGUGCUUGGGUGACUCAGUACUGCAGGAAGUUUGGGAUGAGGGAGUGGAAUAAGGUGUUUAUCGAUUCGUACUCGCAAACCACCCCCUUCAAGUCGAAAGUGAGCCUAAACGUGCCACGAUUAUCGUCGUCGUCAAAGAAUGACGCCGCCGAUGUGGCUUCCCCUGAGUUGCGGAAGUAUUGGCUCAAGAGAUCGCCUGGCAUCUUCCAGGAGACUAAAAUUAACACUCUGCCCAAUUCGCUGAUUCACAUGAAUGACAAGGAGUGCAAAAUGCAUGAUUCCGCGAAGUUGGACACAGACAAACUCAUUGAAUUGAUUAAUACUCAGAGCGAACAGUCGAUGGCCAUGUCGGCCGUUGCUCUUCCCAAAGCUAAUAGGACGGCUGCUCUGGCUAAGAUUGCUUCCGUUGAAGGAGGUGAUAAGAAGAAAGGCAGCACCUACUUAGUUUCUCUCUUCAGUUCCAUCCAGGACCUGAACAAGGACAUCGAGCAACUCAGGCAGUCGAUCGAUGAGUUGCUCCUGGAGCACAAGCAGAUCCAAAUUGGCAUCAACAACGUCAAGGAGCUUCGCAAGCAAUCUCAAGUCACGCAGGCGAAGUUGAAGGAGGAGAAGAAAGUCCACGAGAGGACAUGCGUUGUUCUAGAGAAUCCAGAAGUUAACAUAGCCAAAAUGGAGGCACUAAUCGCAUCCACACAGAGUCGCAAGGCGAAGCUCGAGGAGAAAUGGGUUCAACAUCGUGAACCGCUGCAGCAGGCUUGGGAAAAGACCAAAGCAAAGAACUCCAAUUCCACCCAAGCAAACGAAAGUCAAAAGAAACUGGAGACCAUCCAGGAGAAGGUCACCAAACUCGAGAGCGAAUUGAAGGCCAAAUCGGCUUUGCACACCCAACUAGUGGGUGUUCUGCAGAAGGAGAACCGGACGACCAGCCGAAAGGCUUACACAACACGAAUCCUCGAGAUCAUCGGAAACAUUCGAAAGCAAAAAGACGACAUCGAAAAGGUCCUGCGCGACACCAGGCAGCUGCAGAAGCAGAUCAACACCAUCACUGGACAGCUGGACCGGCAGUUCACCGUUGCCGAUGAUCUGCUCUUCACGACCGCCAAGGACAGCGAGAGUUCGAAGAAGGCCUACAAACUACUCAUCACGCUGCACUCUCACUGCUCCAACUUGAUUGUUCUCGUCAAAGAAACCGGAUCUGUGAUGCGCGAAGUUCGUGACUUAGAGGACCAAAUCGAGCAGGAAAAGUCAAGGAAUAUUCUCGCCAAUCUCGAGAAUAUACUCGGCGACUUGAAACUCAUGGAGGCCGAGAGCAAAAGUCUCCAAGAGAAAAUAAGCAAAAUCGAGAAUCAAAUAGUCAAUGAAUGAAUGAGAGGAUCAAAGCAAAAUGUUUAAAAAAAAAACAAAAAAAAAAAACACACAAUUUAAAAUAUUAGCCCAAAAGUUAACAUAAAUUUAUUAUGUGUAAAUUUUCUUAAACAAAACAUAAAACACCAGUAAAAAGCUGUUUCUUAUUGUUUAUUUAUUUUUUAUUAUGUUCGAUGUUUAUUUUUAAAUUAUUUUAACUAACUAUAAAGCUGUGCCAAUGUAGAAGAAGAGAUAAAAACAAAACAAAAAUAAAAACAUUAUUUAUGCAUUUAAAACAAAAUAUAAAUACUAAUAUGUAGCAACUAAAUUAAACACAACACACUUCUUAUUUCCGAACACACUAAACUUAGUUUAAAAAUAUUUAACAAAAAGAAAAACAAUGUCGUUUUAUUUAGAUGAAAUUAAAAUUAAA